AUGGACAAAGACAAUUUGAAUAUCAAUUUGCAGGACUGGCUUAAUGACCCGAUGUUAGCGGCGCAGCUAAACCGUCCUCAGUCUGCCACGCCGACAAUAUACAACGGUAUCGAUGGUUCGAAUACCAAUGGGGCUGUGGUACAAACGCAACAACAAUCGGACCAGCAGCAGCAACAGCAGCAGCAGCAGCAGGAACAACAACAACAACAGCAACAGCAACAGCAACAGAUUCAAAUACAAGUCCAACAGCAACAACAGGAACAACAGAAUAAGAAUGCAGCAGGAAAAUCUGUAGACCAAGCAUCUACAUCGGAGCUCUCUAGCUUUUUAAUGAACUCGAGGCUCAACUUGGGAACUUUGAUGAAGUUCGUCUGCAUCGAAUUCUUCAAGUGUAAUAAGGACGAGCUAGCUAAUCUUCGGUUAAUUGACUUGACUCAAGAUUCCACCUUCCCUCAAACUCUUACUCUCAGAAAUAUGCAAACGGAAAAUUCGCAUUACAAGUUCUUCAACACCAUCAAUCGGGACAAAUUUAUUACCAGUUGUCCUGUCUUCGCAGUAGCACUCUACUCCUUUAUCACAUGGAAACAUACAGCCAUCUCUUGGAAAAAUUUCGUCAAUUUACCGCUAAUAUUCGAUUCAAAAGACAUCAUAAUGCUUCAAGGUAAUAGCCAAAAUCGAGCGCCUGUAUAUACCAAUAAGAUUGUAAGGAUAUCGGUAUCUCCAAAGAAGGAAUUACUCUGCUACGUGUUCCCUUGGUUACCUGCAUUAGAAAGAGAUUACUUGAGUCAUGAUAGAUCAAACUACAUCCUCUUCUCGCUAGUAGAAUUAUUCAAUUUUUUGGCUAAAGUCAUACUUCAAGACUUUGCCUUCCUACAAUGCACGGGUCAACUACCUCACUUGCAAGAGUUGAUCAAAUCUGAAUUGGGGUGGCAGUUUUUAGAGUCUGAUGACUGGAACCAGUUCAAGGAUGAAAUGCAACGGCAUAUUGAUGAUGAACUUUUACAACUAGACUGGUUCAACUCUGUCUGUGGGAAAAUUGAAGAUAAGUUCAUAAACUUAUCUAAGGACUUGGUGUCCGAAAAUGACAAGCUGUCUAAAGAGAUUAAUUCAAUGAAAUCUCAGAUCGCAUCAAUGAACACUAUGAUCAGUCAGAUGUUUCAAACGCAACGGCAACUUUUAUCUUAUCAAGUUAAUUAUCCUGCAUCGGUUAUGAAUAACCAAAUAUCAAACUAUUCCAACCAACAAAUAAGUGGUCAGCAUAGUUUAUCUUCUAAUGAUAACAAUAAUGUUGGCGUAAAUAGUAUGAUUAAUGCAAACAACGUCCGUAUGGCCGUAACUGCAGAAGGUCUGAAUCCAAACACAAAUGCAAAUGCAAAUACAAAUACGUCAUUAAUGAAUUCUGUGAAUAACUACCGGAAAAUACCAAAUGAGAAAAGAAAUAUGUACCCCCAAGCAGCCAUUAACUCCAUCAAGCGAGUAAAGCUAGACGGAAAGGAUAUGUCCAAUUUCAAUAGCACUUCAAGAAGAUUGUCUCAACCUCAACCACAAUCUCCGUUGCAAAUAGGGUCUCCUUUAGAAGCUUUAUUGUCAAAACCAAUGCCGUCUCCAAAGAUUACGGUUGCUAUGUUGAACAACUCUGUAGCCUCUCCACCUCCUAACCCACUAACAAUGUCGCCUUUACCCUCUAUUUCCGAGCCUCUGGCUCUAGGAAAUAAUACCAACAACAUACUUACCGAAGCGAAUCAAACAAAUAUGAACGAAGGAAGCGCACCUGCAUUAAAUCCAAUAGAAAAGAGAAGCAAUCUCAGAAAUAGCACGGCUUCAAAAAGUGACUCAACAGAGGGAGAGGAUGAUAGUUAUCGAAAUGAGAAUGAUGAAUCGGAGGGAUCAAAAGCGCUUGUUAGGCGAAACAGUAAAAACAAGAGAAGUGGAAAUCCGAAUAGAGAUAUUAAAUAUAAACUUUCUCGUGAUAAUAAAACCAUUUGGGACUUGUACAAUGAAUGGUAUCAUGGACUAAAUGGCAAACUUUCCAUCAAAGAACUUAUCGAAAAGUACGGAUAUAGACGUUGGAAGGUAGCUGAAGAUUCCCACUUUUUUCCUACAAGAAGGGUUAUCAUCGAUUACAUCGAAACUGAAAUCGACAGAAGCUUGAACUUGAAUAGGUUUGACAAAAAUAGCCCUCUUAUUAACGAUAGAACAGCUUUAAGAAAGCAAAUUGUAAAGGACUUGGAAACAUUUAGAGAAGAUAACGGUUUGACCUUGAAUUCACUAUCUUUGUAUUUCCGGAAUUUGACAAGAUGGGGCAAAGAAAUCUGUAUAUAUAAUAACUUUAAUGACUGGUCGCUAGUGACAAUGAGCGAUGAGGAUAAAAUCAAAUUCUGCAAACGGAAAAUGUUAUCGACUAAAGAAACCAGAGAAGAUAAUUACUCGCAAGAUGAUAAUGAAUAA